AUGGCCUCGUUGAACGUGGUCUGUCCGAAUGCGCGCCGCUGUCCGGUCAAAGUCACGCCGGGGAAGCUGCUACGCGAGGUGCUCGAAGAAGCCUGCUUACGCCAGGGCUACGUCCCCGAAGAAUUCGAGCUGGUCCACCAGAAGAAGCGCGUCGAUCUGUCGUUGCCCUUCCGGCUGUCUGGACUCCCGAACAAUGCUGCCGUGGAAUUGAGCAAGAGAUCUGGCACGGGGAGUGGUAUGGCUGAAAUUGCUUUACAGGACGCCGAUGGAAAGCGUAUGACCGCGAAAUUUCCUCUGGAUGCGACGCUUGCUGACGUGCUGACGCAAUUCUCCAACCAAUUCGGCUCAAAUCUUCUGACCGAAGACGGAGGGCUUCAACCGUCCUGCGCCUAUAUGAAUAAACAGUACAAAGGGUUACUCCAGUUGGAGACAACCAGUCUGCGUGCGAUGGGCCUUGGCCAGGAGCGAGCUUUGAUUAGAUACAAUCGUGUCCCAAUCAGUCCUGAGGAACUAGCUGCUCUAAGGGAUGAAAUCGAGAAAGAACUGGAACGCAAGGCCACGCUGUCGAGGGAUUUUGAACGCAACAAAGUGGAAAAUGCCCGCCGAGAGCAAAUUGAGCAGGAACGGAUGAGGAAAUUCGAGGAAGACCAGGCCAGGGCGCGCACAGAGCAGAGGAAGUUGGAGCUGGAACGCGAGAGCCAGCAUCAGGAGGAAUCGAUGGAGAUCGAUCAGCCGCCCGUGAAUUCUCGGGACAUCCUGCCGGAGGCUCCCCAAGCUGACCCGAAUUCUUGGUCUUUUGACAGUGGCCCUUUCCGAACGAUUGCCGCACCGCCACCGCAAAGCGAUCGCCUCACACGCCUGAACAACCUUCUCUCAAACGUGAACCAGUCUCUCUCUGGUCAGGGCGCCAAUGGCAUCGAUAAUCUUGUCGAGCGACUGGCAAACGAUGGUCGCAUCUCGAUCGCGUCGCAAGAAAAUUUGUAUCCGCUGCGUGAUUUUAAGUUCCCGGAUCAUCCUACGACAAGUAGCACAACCACAGAGCAGUCUGAUGGCUCCUCCAAGCCUGUGGAAAAUUUUGCGCCGGCCGCAGAUCGUGAAACGAUUGUCUUCCACAAAAGGGACCCCGCCACAACCAGCCACAAUGCCGGAAGCAAGGAGUUGGACGAGAACUUUUUCGAGGUCAACGUCAACGAUUUGCGUUCGAUGCAGAAGGGGCUGGCCGAAGAUGUGAAACGGGAACAGCAACGCGCCCUCUUGCCCAAAUCUUACAUCGAAAUGAAGAACAAAGAACGCAAAUUGGCUGCAUGGAGGAAUACCGUGAUCCGCAUCGUGCUACCCGAUCGCCGCAUCAUACAGGGCAAUUUCAACUCGAAUGAGUCAGCUUCCCGUGUGACAGAAUGGAUGGCGGAGACCCUGGCGGAUGAGAAGGAUGCUUUCUCGUUGAGUCUGGCCCUCCAUAUCCCGUUCGACAAUUCUUCCUCGAAGUCGUUGAUUGAUGUGAACGUCGCCCCAGCAUGCACCAUGUAUCUCAAGAUGAAGCGCACACGCGAGGAUUACGGCGAACUGUUGCGCGCCGAACUUUCCGUGACUGACGAAGCGGACGCUGAUCAGCGCAGCAAGGCUUGGCUCUCCGAGAACAGCGUGUAUACCCCGUGGACUGGCGCGGUCAUUGAGGAUACGCGUGGCGGAGUCGUUCGACGGGCCAACGAUGAUGGUGAAGCGCCGGCCGGAAAGCGUGGACCAGCCCCCACCCUCCCCAAGUAUCGGAACGGCGGCAUCUCGGCCAAGUCGGCUCCGAACUUCUUCCACGGCGCCCUCCAGGACGCCGUGCAACAGGCGUUCGAUCCGGUUGGAGGCGGUGCGCAAGAGCGUCGCCCGCUCGCCCUCUACCUGCACCACGACCGCAGCGUCGCUGCCAACAUUUUCCCGCAGAUCCUCAUGUCGGAUGCCGUCUCCAGCCUCCUGCGCGCCCAAUACGUCCUGUGGCCUUGGGACAUCACCCACCCAGAUCAGAAGAACCAGCUACGUGACUGGAUGUCGAUCGGCUCGAUGGACGAGGUGCGCCAAGUGUUCGAAUUCCGGACCCGGAACCGCGAUCUCUUCCCGAUGCUCCUGCUCAUCAUCAAGGAGAAGGGCACGUUGAAGGUCGCCGAGUACAUAUCCGGAACUGAUGGGAAAGAAGUUGCCGUGGAAAAACUGAUGGCCGUCCUCGACGCCUACAACCAAAUUCGCCUGAACUCCAUGGCUGACGAGGCGGCACGCAUCGAACGGGGUCGCCUACUUGAGGAACAACGCCAAGAAUACGAGGCCUCCCUGGCUGCUGACCGCGCCCGUGACGAGGCCCGCCAACGUGCCAUUCGCGAACAGCAAGAAGCUGAGGAGAAGCGCAUGCAAGAAGAAGCUGAGGAGGAGAAUCGCCGGAAGCGCGUCGAGCAGCUGCUACCUGCAGAGCCCGCUGAAACGGAGACCAACCUGAUGCAUAUCAAGAUGCGGUGCCCGAGCGGAGAGCAGCUGAUGCGCCGCUUCCGACGCGCAGAGACCCUGGAGAUGCUGCUCAACUACCUCGACACCAAGGGCUACCACACCGACAAGUACAAGUUCUUCAACUCUGAUUUCCCGAAGAAGGAUAUCACCACCUUGGACAAGCAAUCGACGUUCAACGACUUGAAGUGGCCCGCCCGAGAGCAGAUCUUCGUGGAAGAACUC